UUUAUAUUUUGGGACGUGUGGUGUGCUGGACACAGAAAGAAGCUGUUUGUAAAGCAGUGUACCAUGGCAUCUCUGGGACUUCUCUGGCUUCUUGUAGCAGUGGUUCACAUCUGCACUGCAGAACCACAGCCACUAAAAGUGACCUCCAUCAAGCAAGAACCAUACACAAUGUCAAAAGGCUCAGAGUUUGAAGGAUUCUGCAUGGACUUGCUGUCUGAACUCGCAAAGAAACUUGGCUUCAAGUACAAUGUUCACCUGGUGAAAGAUGGAAAAUACGGGACCAAGGACGAGCGUGGUAACUGGUUUGGGAUGAUUGGAGAGGUUGUGAGAGGGGAAGCAGAUCUGGCCAUGGCUCCGCUUACCGUCACUGCCAGUCGGGAGGAAGCUGUGGACAUGACCAAACCGUUCAUGCAGACAGGACUUAGUUUUAUCAUGAGCAAAGACAUUGCGUCAGCUGAUUCACAGUACCUCAGCUUUUUUAACCUUUUCUCCAGUGAGAUGUGGAUCAGCCUGCUGGUUGCUUACUUGCUUACCUCCUUCUGUCUCUUUUUGGUGGCUCGAAUUAGCCCGUCUGAAUGGAGCCAGCCUCAGAGGGAGGAAAAUCACUUUACCAUCGCACACAGCUUCUGGUACACUGUAGGAGCUUUAACACUUCAAGGUGCUGGUCCACACCCCAAGUCCUUCUCAGGACGGGUGAUAACUGCCAUCUGGUGGUUAUUUUCAUUAGUUGUCUUGGCCUGCUACUUUGCCAACCUCAGUUCUUGGUUGCAAAUGGAUAACAAGCAGCUCUCAAUUCAAAGCUUUGAAGAUCUGGCACACCAAAAUGUAAUUGACUAUGGGACAAUUAAGGGCUCCUCCUCACAAGCUUUCUUUAAGAACUCCAACAAUCCUACCUACCGACACAUUUAUGAAAACAUGGAAAGAAUGCAGUCCUAUGCCCUUACAAUGGAAGAAGGCAUCAACUUGGCUCUGGAGGGAAAGUAUGCCUUCAUUGGAGAGUCUGUGUCUCUGGAUUUAGCUGCGGCACAUUACUGCAACCUAACGCGCUGUCCUGAGAUCGUCGGCAUGAGAGGCUACAGCAUUGCAGUUCCUUUGGGCUUUCCCCUUCUGAAAAACCUGAGUGUGGCCAUUCUCCAGCUGAGUGAGACUGGAGUACUGGAUUAUCUGCGUAAUAAAUGGUGGGCAAGCAGCUGUGUGGCAAAAGAUGCACAGGCCUCAUCACUGAAGCCAAGCAGCCUGAAGGGUGUCUUCCUGCUUUUGGCUCUCGGCUUAGGACUGGGACUCGUUCUUGCCCUUAUGGAGUUGACUGCUAAAUCACGCAACAUUGCUAAUCUACAGCAGAAAUCCUGUUGUUCCGUCUUGACUAAUGAUCUCGGCCAGCGGUUUGGAAAAAGGGAGGAGACUCAGGCAGAAACCACUGACAAAUGCAAAGCUUAAACCCACUCACCGUUAUUAGGAGAACAUUUCCGCUCAUGCAAUCAGCUUGAAAGAUUCUUGCUUUCAAUAUAGGAAUCAUUUGGUUUAACUGAUCAUGAAAUUCACUGCUAUCUGUAUUUAUCAUCAUGCCAACUUUUUAAUAAUAUACAAAGGUUAAGUUCGGAUCAUGUAAACUUUUAUGUUUAUUAACUGGUUUUAGAUUAUAAAAGUUACACUCCAUUUAGUCAUUCAUUUAUGCAUGAAAAGAGGCAGAGUAACGUUUAUUUACAGGUUCUAGUUAUGUGAGUUAAGUUUUGUUUUGUUAUAUAUGCCAUCUGAAAUAAUAACAUUUGAUUUAGAAUUUAUUAGAAGUGAGAAAAGUAAAGGCAUAAAGAAUAUUUAAUGACUUGUUAUUGCUUUUAUACUAUAAAUGUUGUAUUAAAUGGCUAAUUAAAAUAAACAUUACUAUUUCUUA